CCCUCGCGGGCUCCUUCUAGCGGUUAGCAGUAAUUAUCUGAUAUGGAAGUGGACACUCUCCCAGUAAACCGGCUCUAGUAAAGAUGUGCUGAAGCCGUUUAGUUUGUUUUGAAUAUGAAGAGACUCCGCUUCGGCUCGUUUUAUAGUUUCUCACCUUUUAUUAUUUAUUAAAACAUUAUGAGCGUAUUUCAGACUAGCUUUGUGUUUUUAUUUUACCGGAGACGCAGUUAGAUAUCCUAUCUAUCCAUGUAUCUACCUAACUGACCUGCUCUCCAGCAGCAGCGCCGGAGUUCAGCUCUAAUAUGCAGCAGUGGUCUGUGGAGAGUUAGAGGAGCUCAGAGACCUCCGGAAAUCAUUUUACCAUGGUGGUGGAGGUGGAGAGCUUCUUUGGGGUGUACAUGCUCUACUGCACAAACCCGAAAUUCAAGGGUCGCAUCUACAUCGGCUUCACCGUCAACCCUGAGCGGAGAAUUGGUCAGCAUAACGCCGGGAGACACAAAGGGGGAGCGAAGAGAACCAGCGGCAGAGGACCAUGGGAGAUGGUCCUCAUCGUUCAUGGAUUUCCAUCUGAUAUUGCUGCUUUGAGGUUUGAGUGGGCAUGGCAGCACCCACACAUCUCUCGGAGACUGUCGCAUGUGACGCGCCGCUCUCGUAAGGAGUCCAGCUUGCAGUUCCACUGGCGUGUGGUCUCCAACAUGCUAAGGGUGGCACCGUGGAGCCGCCUCCCUCUUACAGUACGCUGGCUGAGGCAGGAGUACCGAAUGGACUUUGAACCUGGACUGCAGCCACCACUGCACAUCCCUUUAACCUUCGGCUGCGUCCGUGCUAAAAAGAAAAAGCAGCAGCAGGAGGACAAGGAGCUAGAGGAGAGCCGGUGGGAAAGAUGUCUGCUGUGUAGGGAUAUUGUGAAGGCUGAGGACAGGCUGUCGUGCUUCCUCCCUCUGUGUAAAAUGGUUUGUCAUCUGAUUUGCCUGGCUAAACAUUUUCUGAAGUCAGAGCCCACUCACCUGAUUCCUGUAGAGGGGGAGUGUCCAGGCUGCCAUCACUCGGUGCUGUGGGGUAAUUUGGUUCGUCACAAAAAUGGCUGUUAUGGCGAUCUAGAAGAAAUUGAUUCAUAUUUGUCUCAGAGUCACUGGGCAGAUGAGUUGCAGCUGUAACAAAAGGACAGGCCUUCAGUCACAGUAUGUGUAUGGAUAUAGUCUUCUUUUUAGACUGAAAACGUGAUGAAUUUAUGGUUUUCAGAUGCAUUCGAUUUUACAUUGAUGCUGCAAGAAGAAAUUCUGGGUUUUAUAGUAUAAUAAGAAUGAAUAAAAAUGAAUUUCAUUUUACAGUAAUUGAAUAAAGAAUGUGUAAUGUAUUUAUAUGUUUAAAGUACAGGGAAUAAUGUUCUGUAAACCUUGAUGAGUAUUAUUUAUAAUGCCUACCUGUUUUGUACUAUAAAUCAUGUGAAAAUAUUUUUUAAGCAUUAAAACAGUUAAUUUUGGCUCCAUCCACACAUAUCUGGGUAUUUUUAUUUAAAAAUGUAGGUAUUUGCCUACUAUCAAUGUGAAACUGUCAUUUGGUCACUGAAACAGAGUGAGUUUUUCAAAAAUGCUUUAAGAAAAGUGUUGAGUGUUCUCUAAAACACUUAGA